AUGAUAGAAGAAGAAGCAGCAAACACGAAUCCCACCGACGUCGAAGAAGAAGGAAAACUUAAUGAUCAAAUUAAUUCACAGUCUGAAGAAUCUCGAUCGGUCGAUACACUAGCGAUUAAUCUCGAUUCUUCCGCUGAUUCCGAAGAAAAAACUCCCAGUGAUUAUCCACUACCUGUAGAUGAGACCUUGACAACCAGCGUCGGCACUUCGGCUUCUGCUGAAAAUGAAAUCACUUCCAAUGAUCAAAUACAUCGCCAAGAAAUCCGACCAGAGGAAAUUUUGACAAUUGAUAUCAAUGCUUCUGCUGAAAAUGAAAUCACUUCCAAUGAUCAAAUACAUCACCAAGAAAUCCGACCAGAGGCAAUUGAUGUCAAUACUUCUACUACAACUGAGGUUGAAACUACGUCCAACGAUCAUACUCAACCAGAGACCGAAGAGUCGUUGAUUGAUAUCAACCCGACUGCUACCGCCGAAUAUGAGAUACAAGAAAUUUUGACACUUGAUGUCAAUACUUCUGCUACAACUGAAGUUGAGACUACGUCCAAUGAUUAUACUCAACCAGAGACCGACGAGUCGUUGAUUGAUAUCAACCCGACUGCUACCGCCGAAUAUGAGAUACAAGAAAUUUUGACAAUUGAUGUCAAUACUUCUACUACAACUGAAGUUGAAACUACGUCCAACGAUCAUACUCAACCAGAGACCGACGAGUC